GGAAGGCAGGAUGCGCACGUUUUUGUUUGUUCAUCCCAAAGACACUUGUUCGGUAGGAGAGAUUCCAUUUUGUUUCCUCACAUACCUUGCACCGAAGGAUCUCCAGUAGGGUCGCAACCCGGCCGGUCGGUCUUGUUUCCCUGAUCUACGCCUCGCGGAUCAGUGUCGCUCCGGGUUGAGUGGGAUGCGACCACGUGGGUUGGGACAGGUGUCUUUGAUGUUAGACGGGAUUGUGGUCUAUAUGUUGUGGUAUCGGAGGUCUUCUUGUUGCACGGCGCCGGCGGAUAUCGUUAUUCUGGUGAAGUCUUAUCUUUGGAAGCGUUUGCCCGCAGUGGUGGCACCUUGAUCAAUACUCAAAGUCAAGACUUCACAGCCGCUGUCUACGGAAUGAGGACUCACGUUUGCUGCAACUGCUGAGAGUUUGGUUUGUUGUACGGAUCUUUGGGUUAUUGGCUGGAGCUAGUAUACGACCCAGUGGUCUACAGACGUCUUACUCACUCCACUAGCAGCUACACACUACUACGGCCAAGCUUCAUAAGCAUAGUGCUUAUCGAUCCGGGGAACAGCCAGGAGUCUGAAUACAGUCAGACUCAUGAGUGGAAUUUGAGCGGUAUUCUUCAGUGAUCCCUCAACAGGACUAAGCGUCGGCUCGGUCAACACCGAGAUGACCAAAAGGCGGGACCGGCGGACCCCUUCUUCACCGACAAGAAUCUGACUCCACACUCACACAGCCGUCAUCGUCAUCUGGAAAGAGACACCCCGGUUACUCCAAGGCAACUAUGACUUGAGGAUAGCAGCAUUUCGCACCCGCAUCGAGUGGAGCUUGAACUACUGGGCUGGGUCCGGAGCAAGUGGUUUCCGGCUCCAUUGGGAGGGGCUACGGUUCCUUCGGGAUAUUGACUUGCACAGUUGCGACGGUCAGCAAGGUAUACCAGCUCAACGGUACGACCGGAACAUGGAAUCCUACCGAAGAGAGGUUCCCGU